AGAUGAAACACUUGAAUGGCAAGUCCUCUUCGUCGCUGCUCACCUCGUAGUUUUCCUCAUCUAGAGUACGAUGAUAGCAGCAGCAGCAGCAUCCGCAUCCCGCAGCAUUGGUUGGCCGACUUUCCGCAGAGGACAGCGGCUGCACGUCUGACACAGAGCCCGGCGGAGGGAAGGCGGGUGCGGGUGCGGGUGCGGACAGCUCCCGACCCCGCCUGCUGGAUGGACGAAUGGAGCCCAGCUGCAUGCACACAGCAAUGGCUAUGGGGCUGACGUCGAAGAAGGCGUCCGCCCGGAGCGUCGGCGUGGAGAGGAAGAACCUCAUCACGGUGUGCAGGUUUUCCGUCAAGACUCUCCUGGAAAAGUACACGGCCGAGCCCAUCGACGACUCGGCCGAAGAGUUUGUCAACUUUGCUGCUAUCUUGGAGCACAUCCUCAGCCACCGUUUUAAAGGCUCGGCCAGCUGGUUCAGUUCAGAUGGACAGCGCAGCUUCUGGGAGUACAUCCGGCUGGCCUGCGGCAAGGUGCAGAACAACUGCAUCGCCAGCAUCGAGAACAUCGAGAACAUCAGCACGUCUCGAGCCAAGGGCCGGGCGUGGAUUCGAGUGGCGCUAAUGGAGAAGCGGCUUUCGGAAUACGUGUCCACUGCCUUGAAGGACAGCAGAACCACCAGGAGGUUCUACGACGACGGCGCCAUCGUGCUGAGGGAGGAGGCCACGGUGCUGACCGGCAUGCUCAUCGGACUGAGCGCCAUUGACUUCAGUUUCUGCCUGAAGGGGGAAACGCUGGACGGCAAGUCCCCGGCGGUCAUUGACUAUACUCCCUACUUGAAGUUCACUCAGAGCUACGACUGCCUGAGCGACGACGAGGACCGACGCAGCGUCGACAGCAGCAACAGCGAAGAGAGCGUCCCGGAGCACCCUUACAUCCCUCUGGUCACCGAUGAGGAGAGCUGGAGCAACAAGUGCCGCAAGAUGGAGCAGCGAUUUAAGAUCGUCUAUGCCCAGAAGGGCUACUUGGAGGAGCUGGUCCGCCUUCGCGAGUCUCAGCUCAAGAACGUUGAAAGCGACAGCAAGCGUCUGAGGGCCAAAGUGGACGAGCUGACUUUGCAGAGUCAGCGCGAGAAGAAGGAGCUGGAGGCCGUCGUGCUGGAGCUGCAGGCUCAGCUCUCCUCCCUCAUGCCCUGUGACACUUCCCACCUGGGAAAGAACCUUUCCAUCCCUCUCAUCAACCGGUGGGCGGCCAUCAGCGACCACCAGGGUGACGUCCAACUCUUCCGCAGAAGGAGCUUCCACAGUUUGGAGCAACUUUCCACCGAGCUCAGCCUCAACUCGGAUUCUCAGAGAACCGACGAGAGGCAGAACGGAGACGCGGCCUGGACCUCGGCAGCAAAGGACAACACGCCGUCUAUGUUGGGCCUGUGCGGUUCUUUGGCGUCACUGCCAAGCUCCAAGUCACUGACCAGCCUCAAGUCCAGCGAGUGUCUGGUCAACAUCAGUGCCGAGCCCAGCCCCGCACUCUCCCCCAGCUAGGAGACUCCUUUCCUAGCCUUCCCAUGAUCCUAGGAUCAGUCCCACUUGGACCCAAGCGCCAACGUCUCUGUGAAUGUACAGCAGGAAUUCUGGUCGUUAUUAUUCUCGCUUGCCACUCUUUUUCUCUCCUGCAGCAUUAUUGUUGUUUUUCCCAAAUCACAACCACACAAGCCAGACAGAGAGAGAGGUCAAUACUGUCAAACAAAAACAAACGCGCAGCAGUGGAUAUGAUGCAACCUCCUAUUUCAGCUUAAGUCCUUCUUUGUAUGCUUCAAACCUGGGAUGAUGAUGAUGAUGAUUAUUAUUGUUUUGUGUUGCAAUAAAUGCCUUUUACAUGAU